GACCCGCUCCAGCUGGGCGAUGUGUUUCUCAGUGUAACUGGAGGACUGGAAUGAGCAGUGUGCAGUAACAGCAAAUAGCAAUGGGUCUGUGCAUUACAGCUUUCCUACUACUGAUCUUCAUCCUAUCCGGGACUGAUGCCAUCCUGCAGCCUCCCAGAAAUCUUUAUUUCACUUCUGCGAAUGCCAAAAACAUCUUACACUGGAAUCCAGCGCAGAAUUAUUCACAGAUCAUUCGAUAUGACGUGCAGUACUUAAGGUAUGAAUACAAUGAGACAUAUAUCCCAGUGAAGCACUGCACAGGCAUUUCCCACUGUCAUUGUGACCUCACACAGGAGACCUGGGAUCUUAAAGUGGAGAUCAUCGCCAUUGUCAGAAGCGUUAAUGGCAACAUAACCUCAAAAUGGAAAAAAUCGGAACAUUUUAAACCCCAGGAUUCCAUCCCUUUGGGUUUGCCAUCCUUUACUAUUAAAGCAGAACACAACGUGAUUAGAGUCAGGAUCUCCCCACCUACCUUACAUACGGGAGGAAGAAACCUGUCGAUGGAGGAGCUCUUUGGCGAAUCAUUGAUGUAUAGUGUUUAUAUCCGUGAGAACAACACUAACCAGUCUGAACAAAUUACGAGCUCAAGAGAAUUGGACAAAACCACAGUGCAACCAGGUGAAACCUACUGCAUCAGUGUGAGAGCAGAACUGAAUAACGAUCCAAGAGAAGGGAAUGUCACGGAAGAGAAAUGUGCAACAAUCCCAUUCCGAGACCCAGACUCGGACACUUCAGUCAAUAUCACCUUUGGCGUCAUCAGUGCUGUGUUCAUACUAUGUACACUCAGCUUUUGCCUAGGAAUGUCCUGCUGGUGUUACUUGAAGAAACAAAGCACAAUCCCAGUGGUUCUGAAAUCUCUUGACAAGAACAAGAAGUGUUUGAGCAUCAUGGAUUACCUGAGCCUGAUAGAAGAUGUGGUGGUGCAGCAGGUGUUUGCUGACAGCACUCUCAACAGCCCCUGUAAGAUUCAGGAACGGGAUGAUCUGUGGUCAGAGCUGAAAAUCAAGGAGGCAUCUUCCUUAGACAGCGGGAUCGACAUUGGGAGUAACUCAUCAGGCCAGAUUCCUUCGUUCUGUGAACCGCUGAAUCCCUACAUGCAGCAAACGCCCGAGUCAAGCAGCCAGCAGAAUGUCAGCCCAGGGGAUGAUCGGAACAACUCUCAGCCCAAGGAAUCCUGUUCCAUAAGCAUCCCCGAUACCAUAAAUGAACCUGCCGAUGGUGAGGGAAGCAUCAUCACCUCCUCAGGUUAUCAGAGGCAAACACCAAGGACUAACGUGGCCUCGGAGCAGGAGGAGUGCAGUGUUCCAGCUCAGACUGUUCAGGACAUGUCUCCCUGCUCUAUCCCUGUAUCGGACAUUAACAUAACCGAAAGUUUAUCAAGAGCAUUUCUCAGUUUAAAUGACGUUAUGUUAAUGGACAAUGGAUUAUAGAGAAAAGUUUUUCAAUUCAAACUUUCUUGACGUCCCUGUUUUGUAAAUUAAUGAAUUAUUUAUUAAAACAUUUUCAGUUUUAA